AUGGCGGAAGAACAGGGUGCCGACACUGCUGAUAGUAGCUUGGAAACUAAUUAUGCAGAAAAAUCCGAGGAUGUAUUCGUAAAUGGUGAUACUGAUAGUGUAGAUGGUGCAAAAGUGAUAGAGUAUGAAACACAGGUUUCGCAGGAAGAGACAAAUGUCUCUGGGCAAGUCAUGCCGAGGAAAAGUAGUUUUAUGAACAGGGAUGGAAGUAGAAAACCAAUACGAAAGAAGACGGUGUCUUUCAGCAGUAUGCCAACCGAGAGGAAAAUAGCAACAGCUCAAGACUGCCUGUCAUUUAUGCAGAAGGGAAGCGAAUUGAUAAAAGUCCGUUCCAACAGUCGCCAGUACCACCGCACGUUUAUGUUGAACCCAGACAUGACUGAAAUACGAUGGUAUCCAACAAAUAAAAAAGCUCACAAGGCAAGAAUACCAAUACAGAUAAUCAAAGAGGUGAGAGUGGGCAAGAAUACAGAGGCAUUGAAGAACCGCGAGAUCGCAGGCAUUUACCAGGAUGAAUGUGCUUUCUCUGUCAUCUACGGGGAUGAGUUUGAUUCGAUGGACCUGAUCGCCAACACAGCAGACGAAGCUAAUAUCUGGGUAACAGGACUGACCUGCCUACUCACCACUAGCAGUAAGACCGUCACAUCAACUCCAGAGGCCAUUGAAGAAAUGCAACAGAUGAGAGAUGCAUGGUUGUUAGAAAUGUUCCAAGACCAGACUAAAGACCCAGCAGGACUGUUAGAGGAAGGAGACGUGGUCAAUCUCAUCAGCAAGCUUAACAGUAACAUUUCUUCUGCCCGUAUACACCAGAAACUUAAGGAAUUUGAGCUGAAGAAGACUGAUGGUAGCAUGGAGGGCUGGACAAGUCCCCGGGGGAGGAUACACAGUGACGAAUUUGUAACCUUGUUCAAGGAAUUGUCGACACGCCCGGAGAUUUACUUUCUAUUGGUUCGAUAUGCAAGUAAUGCAGACUACCUCUCAACAGAUGAUUUGUUACUAUUUUUAGAAGCAGAGCAGGGGGUGCAGAGGGUAACAAAAGAAAAGUGUUUGGAAAUAAUUAACAAAUUUGAGCCUUCCAAAGAUGGCAAAAACAAGGGCCGUCUUGGUAUUGAUGGGUUUACCGUCUAUCUUCUGUCCAAAGAAUGUGAUAUAUUUGAUUCAGAACAUCUGACAGUUUGCCAGGACAUGACACAACCACUAAGUCACUACUUUGUUGCCAGCUCACAUAAUACAUAUUUAAUGAAGGAUCAGUUACAAGGUCCUUCGAGUGUAGAGGCGUACAUCAGGGCACUCAACAAGGGAUGCCGCUGUGUGGAUUUGGACUGUUGGGAUGGACCUACCGGUGACCCAAUCAUCAAACAUGGCCGAACACUGACCACUAAAAUUACAUUCGUGUCUGUCAUAGAAACCAUCAACAAACAUGCAUUUGAUAUAUCUGACUAUCCCCUGAUAUUAUCUAUAGAAAACCACUGUAGUAUCAAACAGCAGAAGAUUAUGGUGGAGUGUAUGCGGUCUACAUUUGGUGAUAAACUUGUCUUGUUUCCAUUUGACAUAGAGGCUCCAGAUUUACCAUCACCAGACGAUCUCCGUGGCAAAGUCCUAAUUAAGAGUAAGAAGCUGCCCCUGACUUGUGCAUUCGAAGAAGACUAUGUAACAGACGAAGAUGAAUCAUCAGAGGCGGAGAAGAAGAAAAACAACAAAGCCAAAGACAGUCCGGCCAACAAACAAAUUAAGCUAGGAAAAGAUUUGUCAGACCUCGUUACCUACUGCAUGUCUGUGAGGUUCCAGGACUUCCAGGUUUCUCAACAGCAUCAAAAGUUCUGGGAAAUGUGUUCAUUCAGUGAAUCAGUAGCUAUGAAGCUGGCCAUGACAUGUCCGGAGGAGUUUGUAAACCACAACAAGCGGUUCCUAAGUCGUGUUUACCCCAACAGUCUAAGGGUAGACUCCAGUAAUUACAACCCCCGCGACCUCUGGAACUGUGGCUGUCAGAUGGUGGCCAUGAACUACCAGACCCCUGGCCUGAUGAUGGACCUGUAUAACGGCUGGUUCCUAAAGAACGGUAACUGUGGCUAUAUCCUCAAACCGUCCAUUAUGAGGGAGGAGAUAGCCUACUUCAGUGCCAGCACCAAGGAGGUCAUUCCAGGAGUCUCCCCUCAAAUUCUACACAUCAAGGUGAUAAGUGGUCAGCAUUUCCCCAAACCAAAAGGGUCAGGGUCAAGAGGUGACGUUACUGACCCCUAUGUUACCAUAGAGAUUUCUGGGAUACCAGCCGACUGUUCAGAGGAGAGGACUAAGACAGUUCCCCACAACGCAGGCUACUGCCCGAUAUUUGAUGAGAGCUUCGAGUUCCAGAUCAACCUACCAGAGCUUGCCCUUGUGCGAUUUGCUGUUCUAGACGAUGAAUUUAUAGGCGAUGAAUUUAUAGCUCAGUAUACUGUACCUUUUGAAUGUAUGCAAACAGGUUAUCGCCAUAUCAACCUUCUGUCCAACACUGGUGACCCGAUAGAGAAUUGUACGUUGUUUAUACAUGUGGCCAUAACCAAUAAACGAGGCGGUGGGAAACCCCACAAAAGAGGCAUGUCGGUGAAGAAGACAAAACACAAAAAAGAUUAUACCACACCAAAAACUGUUGGAUUGAAAUGUGUUGACGAAACCUUUAAGGCAUCAAUAGGACCGCUACGAGAGUGUACAGACCUGCGAGAGGACGUCCAGGUAGCUCUGUCAGAAUUUAAGGAGGCAUGUGGGCUGUCUCCAAUCGCCAACAUCAAACAAUGUAUACGUCUACUGGCCACACGGGUGUCCAAUGCCACGGAGCAGUCCUCCCUCUCAGUCAUUAUUAAAAGGGAGUAUCCUUCGUUAGAAGCUCAAGGAAACCUUCCAGAUGUUUUGAAGAAAGCUCUCCAAUCUUUUGCAGAGCUGGUGACAGAAUGUAAAAACCUUAUGGAAAGUGCUGACGGAGUCCAUGAACGAUUACUUAAGUGUCAAAAGGCUGGCUUAGAAUGGCAUGAGGACUUGGAGAAUAUCUGUAGUCAAGCAGGACUCAAAGGAAAGAAGAUGUCCAAGGCAACAGAAAACUUUGCUUGGAAUGUUCGUGUACUGAAGGGCCAGGCUACUCUGAUGCUACAGGCAAAGAAGGAGUGCCGAGAUUAUAUACGGCAGAUGAAGGAGGCUGCCAGUUCAUCAGGACUACUCAAGGAUGAGAAAGAGAAUGGGGUGGAGGAGUCCUAGCAGUGCCCGUACUGGUUACCAUGUUGAGUACACAAAGGAUGGCUCCAGCUGGCCUGUCACAUACAACUGUGUGGUCCGAUUCAAACCUACGGCUGAUUUACUGGCUGGUCUGAUUCAGACCUACGACUUAUUUACUGGCUGGUCCGAUUCACACCUACAGCUUUAAUACUGGCUGGUCCGAUUCACACCUACGGCUGAUUUAGUGGCUGGUCUGAUUCACACCUACAACUGAUUUAGUGGCUGGUCCGAUUCACACCUACGGCUGAUUUACUGGCUGGUCUGAUUCACACCUACGGCUGAUUUACUGGCUGGUCCGAUUCACACCUUCGGCUGAUUUACUGGCUGGUCCGAUUCACACCUACGGCUGAUUAACUGGCUGGUCUGAUUCACACCUACGGCUGAUUAACUGGCUGGUCCGAUUCACACCUACGGCUUUAUUACUGGCUGGUCUGAUUCCCACCUACGGCUGAUUUACUGGCUGGUCCGAUUCACACCUACGGCUGAUUUACUGGCUGGUCUGAUUCACACCUACAGCUUUAUUACUGGCUGGUCUGAUUCCCACCUACGGCUGAUUUACUGGCUGGUCCGAUUCACACCUACGGCUGAUUUACCCGCUGGUCUGAUUCACACCUACGGCUGAUUUAGUGGCUGGGCUGAUUCACACCUACAGCUUUAUUA